AGUCGUCAACAGUAGUUUCCACACAUUUUGCUUAGAUAAAUAAAUAAAUAAAAUAAAUAAUAUAGAGGCCGUAAUCUACUAUUUUAAUUACUUGUCUAUAUCUAGCCAAAUAGUUUAAUCUCCUAAAAUGGCUGAUGAAUCCUCUGAUGCUGAUCCUUUCUCCACUGCAAGCAGUCCUGGCCGUGCACGUGAAAGAGAACCCUUAACAUCAAGUCCAGGUCGAGAUUUGCCACCAUUUGAGGAUGAUUCUGAACUUCUUGGUGAUGAUGACCCUGAUAGAGAAGAAGAGGAAGAGGGUGAAAACCUAUUCGGAGAUGAAAUGGAGAGAGAUUACCAGGCUAUCCCUGAGUUGGAUGUGUAUGAAAAUGUUGGCAUUGACACUUCUGAGUACUCUGACAUCUCAGAGACACAACGUCAGGCAGCAGAGCGAGAAAUUCGUGAUAGGGAGAGAGAAGAGGGCAUUCGUGCUGGUCGCAUGCGGAAAGGGCUAUUGUAUGAUGACUCUGAUGAUGAAGAUAGACCAGCAAGAAAGCGCAGACUGGCAGAGCGUGCUGCUGAAGGUGUUGCUGCAGAAGAUGAAGAAGAGAUGAUUGAAAGUAUUGAAAAUCUGGAAGAUAUGAAAGGACAUUCUGUAAGAGAAUGGGUUGCAAUGCUUGGUCCAAAAACUGAGAUUAAACAUAGAUUCAAGAAUUUUCUACGAACAUAUGUCGACCAGAAGGGUUCUAAUGUUUACAGGCAGAAAAUUCAGCAAAUGGUAGAAGGUAACAAGGAGAGUUUAGUGAUUGACUACAAUAUGUUGGCAUCAAUGGAACAGGUUCUUGCAUAUUUUUUGCCAGAAGCUCCAACAGAAAUGCUUAACAAUCUUGAUGAGGCUGCUAAAGAAGUUGUGUUCAGUAUGUAUCCAAAUUAUGAAAGAAUUGCAAAAACUAUUCAUGUAAGAAUAGCUGAUCUGCCAUUGAUUGAAGAAAUAAGAUCUUUAAGGCAACUGCAUCUCAACCAACUGAUCCGCACCAAUGGAGUUGUUACCAGUGUGACAAGUGUUCUUCCACAACUAAGUGUCAUUCGAUAUGAUUGUAACAAAUGUUCCUUUGUGUUGGGGCCAUUUUACCAAACCCAAAAUACAGAAAUCAAGCCUGGCUCUUGUCCUGAGUGUCAGUCUCAAGGACCUUUUGAAAUCAAUAUGGAGCAGACUGUGUACAAAAACUACCAAAGAAUCACAGUGCAAGAAAGUCCUGGUAAAGUACCAGCAGGUCGCUUACCUAGGUCUAAGGAUGCCAUUCUGUUGGAAGAUCUUGUUGAUACAUGCAAACCUGGGGAUGAAAUAGAGUUGACAGGGAUAUAUCACAACAACUAUGAUGGAUCAUUGAAUACAGCUAAUGGUUUUCCAGUAUUUGCAACAGUCAUUCAAGCAAAUUAUAUAACUAAGAAAGACGACAAAAUGGCUGUUGCUUCACUAACUGAUGAAGAUAUUAAAGCUAUAGUUGCUCUUUCUAAAGAUGAAACUAUUGGCGAAAGGGUCUUUGCAAGUAUGGCCCCAUCAAUUUAUGGUCAUGAAGACAUUAAAAGGGCUUUAGCUUUAGCCCUGUUUGGUGGUGAAGCUAAAAAUCCUGGACAGAAACACAAAGUCAGAGGUGAUAUAAAUAUUUUGGUUUGUGGGGACCCAGGAACAGCUAAAUCCCAGUUUUUGAAAUACAUUGAGAAAACUGCCCCUCGUGUUGUUUUUGCAACUGGUCAAGGUGCUUCUGCUGUAGGUUUAACUGCCUAUGUUCAGAGAAAUCCCAUUUCCAAAGAGUGGACGCUAGAAGCUGGUGCCCUUGUGUUGGCUGAUAAAGGAGUUUGUCUCAUUGAUGAGUUUGACAAGAUGAAUGACCAGGAUAGAACAAGUAUUCAUGAGGCAAUGGAACAGCAAAGUAUCUCUAUAUCAAAAGCUGGAAUAGUCACAUCACUUCAGGCCCGCUGUACAAUUAUUGCUGCUGCUAAUCCUAUAGGAGGGAGAUAUGAUCCUUCGUUAACAUUCUCAGAAAAUGUUGAUCUUACAGAGCCUAUCCUGUCUCGUUUUGACGUACUUUGUGUUGUACGAGAUACUGUUGAUUCUGUACAGGAUGAGCGUUUGGCCAAGUUUGUGGUUGGUAGCCACAUGAAACAUCACCCACACGCAGCAGAGGAUAUGGAAGACUUGCCACAAAGACAGUUGGGAGACUCUAAGAUUGAGCCAGUGCCCCAGGAUCUUCUUCGAAAGUACAUCAUGUAUGCCAAAGAGAAAGUACGACCAAAAUUGAACCAAAUGGACCAAGACAAAGUUGCCAGGAUGUAUUCAGAGCUGAGGCGAGAAUCCAUGGCCACUGGGAGCAUACCAAUUACAGUACGUCACAUUGAGUCUAUGAUCAGAAUGAGCGAGGCACAUGCCCGUAUACACCUAAGAGAUUAUGUCAACGAAGACGAUGUCAAUAUGGCCAUUCGUGUCAUGCUUGAAAGUUUUAUCAGCACACAGAAGUUCAGUGUCAUGAGGACCAUGAGAAAAACUUUUGGUCGCUACCUGUCAUUCAGGAAGGAUAAUAAUGAGCUGUUGCUUUUCAUACUGAAACAAUUAACGCAAGACCAGAUAGCAUUCCAUAGAAAUCGUUAUGGCACAGACAUGGAGCAGAUUGAGAUUUCCGAAAAAGAUUUAGCAGAUAAGGCGAGACAGAUCAACAUUCACAGCUUAACAUCAUUUUUCCAAAGUGAGAUAUUUGAAGCAAAUCAUUUUACUCAUGACAGCAAAAGAAAAUUAAUCAUUCAUGUUUUGUAGAAAAACCUCAACUUGCACUAUAUUAUGAUCUACCUACUGAUUUGUACAUUUAUUGAAAUUAAAGAAAACUCAAGUUUGACACUUAGAAAUUUGGUUUGGACAUGUUUACAUUUAUAAUGGAAAAAUUUUUAAGUUUGUAUAUUAAAAUAUCUACAAUUUAUUAUGCUCAUUUUUAAAAAAAAAAUUCAAGGUGUUUGUGUGAAAAAUGUGAUUAUAUUGAAAAAUUAAAAUGUUUAAUAUGACAGUUCAUUCUCUUUUUAUUGUAUUAGAAUUAGUGAAUGGUUUUGUCCUAUUACCUUUUCCAGCUACUUCUGAGUUCUCAUUUUGAAAAUGUAGCACUUGCAGUGAUAUUUUUUUAUAUCUUGCAAUGCAAACAUGUUAAUUGGAUAUAAGUUGUAGAUAAAUGUAUUUUGUAGUUGACUAUCAUCAUUUUAUGUUAAAUACUUGACUGUCUGCUGUAAUAUUAAAGUAUUAAAAACCACAAUGAAGAAAAAGUCAAAAAUGAAAUUUCACCAUUUUUAUGUCAUUAAAUGU